GUGCCGAGUGAAGGAGGAUGAAGCGAGAGGCCGGACGCCAGCAGCAGCAUGAGUGAGUCAGAGAAGCAGGCAGAGCGUGGAGCGGAUAAAGAGAGGGAGGGUGACAUCUUAAUUAUAGCUUCAGAUAAUUGACUUCUGACCAAAUAAUUAGGUGUUUGCUUUUCAGUUUUCGUCACUGGUUCUGUUGUUUGUUUUGAAAAAAAGAAACUGGAGAUUAUUUUUGUUUGUAGGAGACAGACUUGAUAUUUAUCUUUUCUAUUUAAAGACAGUUUGAAAGUUGUUUUAAUUUCAACAUUUAUCUUUUAUUUAUGUUAAACAUGUCAGUUUAGCCCGUAGACAGGAGAUUUUCUUCACAACAAUAUGCUGCUGGCUCUGCUUCUGGUUCUGGGUCUCUGCUCCGAGGCUCGCUCCUCCGAGCCGUCAUCAAUAAUCAUCAAGUACCAGGUUUGGGAGGAGCAGCCGGCGGGGACCCAGGUCGGCCGGCUGUUGGAUGACCUUCGGCAGAGGGACGAAACUGGUCCCCUGGAGGAUUUCCAGGUGGUGGAACAUGGCAAAGCCCUUCCCUUCUCCGUCAGCACUCGAGACGGAGUGGUCUCCACCCAAGGCCGGCUGGACAGGGAGGAGCUGUGCCGGGGGUCUGACCUGUGUGAGGUGGCCUUCAGCGUCCUCUACAAGAGACAAGGUGCCAUGAACUGCCUGAGGGUUCGUGUGGAGGUGAUGGACCUAAACGACCACAGCCCCAGCUUCCCCAGUCCUCUGCAGGAAGUGGAGAUCUCAGAGACCGCCAGCCUCAGGAUGCGAAUCCCUCUGGACCGGGCGGUCGAUCCUGACGCGGGGCCCAACAGUCUCCAGACCUACUCGCUGUCUGUCAACCAGCACUUCGCUCUGGAUGUGACAGUUGGUCCAGAUGGGACAAAACAAGCAGAGUUAGUUGUUAUCAAAGAACUUGACAGGGAGGUUCAAAACUCCUUCGACCUCACCUUGGUGGCGUGGGACAAAGGGAAUCCCCUUAAAUCUGGGAGCACGUUAGUUCGUGUUAAUAUUCAGGACUCCAAUGACAAUAGCCCCAAGUUUGAGGACGGCACUCCCACUGUGGAGCUUUCUGAGGACACAGCUCUUGGGACAACCAUCAUCAACGUCAAGGCCACCGAUCCGGACCAGGGGGCCAAUGGGGAAGUGGAGUAUUCGCUCAGUAAACACAAUCAUCAGAACGUUCAGAAACUUUUCUUUGUGGACCCACAAAGCGGAGCCGUGAGUCUCAGAGCACAUCUGGACUAUGAGGCCCAGACCUCUUAUGAAGUGAUUAUUCAGGCCCGUGAUCGUGGACCCAAUUCCAUCCCCUCGCACUGCAAACUGCACGUCAAGCUCACAGACAUUAACGAUAACGCACCAAGGAUACACAUGACCUGGACUCCACCCAACUCCCCUGUGGCGACCGUGCUCGAGGGAACCUCGGUGGACACUUUUCUUGCUCUGGUGAUGGUCUCUGAUGCAGAUUCAGGGGACAAUGGAAAAACGAUAGCAAGUAUACAGCAAGGAUCCGGCCCGUUCCGCCUCAAGAAGAUUCAUGGUGACAACUACAUGAUUGUAACCGACGGCAGCCUGGAUCGAGAGAAGGUUAUGCAGUACAACAUCUCGCUGCAUGCCCAGGAUUAUGGAGAUCCUCCUCUGUCUUGUGUAAAACAAUUGCCCGUCCUUGUUCUGGAUGAGAAUGACAAUGCCCCGGUGUUCUCCACCUCCUUGUAUAAGGCCACUGUCAAGGAGAACAACGACGUAGGCUACCACGCUCUUAAGGUCGAAGCCAACGAUGUCGACCUGAAACUCAGUGGAAGAGUCUCCUACUUCAUUCACAGCCCCAAAGACCUGGACAGUGACACAGACAUUUUCAACAUCCACUCGAGCAGUGGUGUCAUAAGCAUCCGGCAGCCUCUGGACUACGAGGAAUCCAACACCUACACUUUCAUUGUGUUGGCUGUUGACCACGGUCAUCCGCCUCUCACCAGCACCGCCACCGUGCAGAUCGACGUGGAGGAUAUGAACGACAACUACCCGGUCAUCACGGAGCCGAAACCGAGAAACGACGUUGUGUCUUUAAAUGUGCCCGUCAACGCAGACAAAGGGGAGGUGGUGACUGAGCUGGGCAACAACAUGGAGGAGGCGUCGGCCAAUUUUAUAAUUAAUCAACCUGUCAGAGAAGGAAUUGUUGGAUUUAUGGCAUCAACCCUAAAAGCUGAAGACCCGGACUCAGGGCUCAACGGGGAAGUGCAGUACCUCCUUGCCCAAGGAAACCCCGACGGACUCUUCUGGUUGGACGAGGCUACGGGCCAACUCUUCGUUAACACCACCAACGCUACUGAGCUCAUUGGGAAAACCUUUAAAGUGGGCGUAGCUGUAUCAGACAUGGGUUCUCCCAGUCUGACCACCAAAGUGACUCUGGAGGUGACCUUCAUCAACCUCAAGGACCAUUUGAAGAACUCGUCACCUGGAAGCCGAGCACAGCUUAGUUUUACCAUGAUGCUCGCGAUCUGCCUGGGUGCUUCAUGCCUGCUGCUUCUGUUGGCCAUCGCUUUGGUGACGACCUUCUGCCGCCCCGAGAAACGAGACAACCGUGCCUACAACUGCAGACAGGCUGAGUCGACCUACACCCGCCAUCCUCGGCGGCCGCAGAAGAACAUCAGAAAGUCUGACAUUCAGCUAAUCCCCGUCAUCCGGGGGCGAAAGGAGGAGGUUCCUGAGGACGACAGUGAAUCCCAGCCACUGGCUCCACCUCCAGUGAUGUCAGAAGAUGUAGAAACUGAGAGGCAGUACACCUUAACGCCGUCAGCCAUGAACUCAAGCUUCCAUUCCCAAGGCUUCCCAGACGGGGACGCCACUCUACCUGUCACCCAUCACUGCAGAACCCUCCGGAAACCUGGGAACAUCGAACUGGAUGGCGCUCUGCCUCUGACUCCCGCCACAUCGUACAGAACUCUUCGGAAAUCCAGGAACACCUCGUCUUCCUCUUCAGUCUCACACUCAAGCACCUUGAAGCGACAGGCCCACCCUGAGGGGGAGGAGGCGGAGCCGGCUCGUUUGGGGUCCCAGGCGACUCUCAGGAGGCCGAGGACCUUGGAGGGACGAGGGGGUCACGAGGCAGAGCACCAGCGGAUGCUCCGGAACCUGGUUCGACUCUCCAUGGCUGCGUUUGGAGACUCGAUCGAGCUCUCGUCAGCUUCUCCAGAGGUGCAGCAGAUCUCCCAGCUCCUCUCCCUCCUCCGACAGGGUCAGCUGCAGCCGAAGACAAACUUCAGAGGGAACAAAUAUUCUCAUCGCAACGGCAGAUACGGGGGUCAGGACUGCUCUGAUUGGCAGAGCACCAAGGACAGUGGACACGGAGAGAGCGAGGCCGGAGACAUGGACUGGGAACCGGGACGAGACUCGCCCAUAGACCCUCAGCUGGAGGAGGGGCUCCACAACCUGCUCAACCACCCUGAUGACGUCUUCUCGGAGGUCACCGACCCGUCCUGGAUGGCGAGACUCUCUCUCCCGCUCGCAGGCGACUACCAUGACAACGUGUUUGUCCCCAACGGGCCUCCGUCCCCUGAAACUGAGCCUCUUCCACGGGACUGUCUGGACUCCUCGUCCUUCUCCACCUUCGGUAAAAGUCCAGAGAAGGACGGCCCACUGGGCGGGGCCCUCCUGUCCGAGGUCAGCACGCUGUUUGAAAUGCUGAUGACGCAGAAGGCCGACGCCCACCCGGGCCCCCGACCGGACGUCCUGUACCGACUCUCUGCGGCGUACCGACGCUCGCUGGGCCUGGACGGCAACGCCACGCCCGCUGCGGGAAACGCACCGAGGAACUCUGGGAACACGGAGAAGCGUCCGGGCCUCGCGGCGCCAUCAGGACUGUACCAUCAAAUAUAACUGAACACUGGAAAAGACUGACUGACGCAGAUUCACACGUUUCUAUGAUUAAUCUAUUUUUAGACGUUAACUGAAAAGUACUUGUGAUUUAAAACAGCUGCGGUUGUGUCAGCGUGCGUCGAUACGAUGACGAGACUCGAGGUCUGAAGAUAAAAACACUACGAACUUUCAGUUUGAUUUGUGAGACGCACGACACGACAUGCGAGGUUCGGUCAAACUCUCGCACAGUUGAACUCACUUCCCCAAACUUAGCGACUUUUUGUUUUUAACUGCAUGAGAUGAAAAACACGUUGAAGUGAAACGAGGACGUGAUGCGUCAGAUGAAAACAUGGAGGCCGCGGCAGCAGCCGCCUGUUCGAUGGCUCCUCCUCCUCAUAUCACAUGUUGUUGCUUUUUAUUUUAAUGUUUCAACAGCUUCAUAACUUCCUCUUCGACACUGUCAAUCAUGACCUUUGACUUUCCAUUAUUUAUACAGUGAGAACUGGAAUUUUUUAAAACUUUAACGGUGCUGAGAAGUGACUGAAAACCAAGAUGGCGUGAAGAAGAAAGACGUUUUUAUUGUCGUGUUCAGAGCAGAGGAUCCUGAGAGGAAGGAAUUCAAACAAAGGAAAAUAUGGGUAAUAAGUAUUGAUUAUAUAUAUAUGUGACUAAUGAGGGACUGAGGAGCAGGUGCCCAGGGGAGCGUGGAGAUCAGGUGACUUGCAGGUAGGCAGCUAGUGGACAGGUGGAGUUAGAGAGAAAGACAGAAUCUGGAGGAAUUUAAGAGACGUGACAAACGAUCAUUUCAGUCUGAUGAACUUUGGCUUUGGAUUUUGUUUCAUGUAAAAUUGGUGAGAACAGAAACUUCUCUGACUGAGGGACGGGAUGCUGGUGGUAUUUAAUCAUUAGCACAGACAGGAGACAGGAGACAGUGGCUCAAUGUCUUCAAGAGACAAGAGGACGUUUGUCCUGCGAUGCACAAAGACGACAUUUGUUUUUUAAUAUCAACGAAGCUCUGAGUGGUUUUCUACCUCAUCACUUCACAAAAUGGAGGAAGAACAGAUCAAAUCAAAGUCCUGAGGGAUGUAUCACUCCUCACGUGUUUUAUACUGAGCAUGAUGAGCGUUAUAAAGAUUUAAACAAUUAAUACGUUUCCAUAUUUCACGUGAUCCUGAGAUGUUUUGCUUUGGACCGAUGACACAGGAUGAGCUUCCUCACACGGUUCCUGUUUCUCAUUAUUAAUCGUGAAGCAUCAGACUCUUCAGUCCAGGUUUAAUUAACAGUGAAUUAAAGAUAUCGAGUCGUCUCUGGAUGAAGACAGAUUUAGUUCCAGGAUAUUUACUCAGGAAAAACAAAAAAACAAAAACAGGAAGUGAAGGGAGGAAGUUAGCAGGAACUUCAAUAAGAAAAAGAAACCAACUUUAAUGGUGAACCUGAAAGCAGAAAGAUGUCGGUUUCCUUGUUGUGGAUUCUUUCGACCACGAACACACUCAGAACUUCCCGUCUGAGUUUCUCUGGGACGUGUAGCAGGAUCGUGGUCGAUUCAUUUUGUCUGUCAGGAUGUUAAAUGCUCAGAUUUUGGUCAGAAGAGAAACAACCGGGAGGAAA